UUUGGCUUUUUUUCCCAGAGCAUUUUUUUAUUUUGCUGGGGUGAGCACGAGGACAACACUGACACCCAGCAGCUGUGGGUUCUGAUUGUGCCCUCGGGUGCUGCACAGACCCCAUUCCCUGUGCUGUGCAGCACCUUACAGCCCCGCUCUGCCCCAUUUGUCUCUUUCCAUCCCCUUUUUGCCCCACGCUGAGAUGCAGGAAGUGGUGCAGCACAACACAGUCUAAACCCCCAAACCCUCCUGAAUUAGAUUAAACCCCACAGUGAGGAUGCUGCAAGGAAUGAAGUACACAGACGGGGGUCUCCACCGCCCCUCACCCACUGCAGCAGCUCUGGCCUCUCCUCUGUCGUCCCCUACACGUCCUACAUGUCCCCGGCACGCUGUGCUGUGUCCCAGCAGGGUCGAUAUUGCAGCGGGAGAGCGGUGAGGUUGUGUCACCGUCCCCAGGCCGUGGGCUGUGUGAGAGUGUGGACGCAGUGGCCCUGCCACCCUGCUGGGAACAUUGUCCCCGUGGACUUUGAGCGCUUUGGGAGUGGCUGGCAGAGCCCCAUAUCGCUUCUGCCCCAACAGCACCAGUGAGAACCAGAGCAGUGCCAGGACCCCGUAGGGGCACAUCAGGUAAUGGGACGACAUCUCCUGCGCUGCAGGGAGGCUGUGACAUAGGGCUACCCAAAGGGGUGGGACCCUCUGCAGUUCUUUGGCCCCAUCCCCAGGUCUGUGGGAAAUCGUUGCGUUCUGAUUUUAAAGCAGCGGAAACCAUAGCACAGUGUUUUCAGAGCAGCUGUGCAGCCUGCAAAUCCCUUGGUCCUGAAGGAGAGGCUGGAAAACCCCGUUUUUGCUUCAAAGCAGCAGAGUUCAGAAGCAGGAGUGGCUUUGCAAUGCUCUGUCCCAAUUCAUCCCAGCUCACCUGGGGACAUCAGGAUGGUCACAGCCUGGGAUGGGUGUGGGGACAGCAAUGGAUCUGAUGGGAUAUUGGCUGCAAGUGGAGCUCGGGGAGCAGGUGUGGGUACUUAGGGCCAUUGUGGGAACCCACUUGUGGGUGGGGAUGAGGUGGGGCUGCGGCAGGAUUUAGGUCCUGCAAGGCUCUGGGGUGGGAUAUUGGCUACUGUGAGGCUGUAGGGCUUUGCUGCCUGAGGAGGUGUGAGCUCUCUGCAGAGCUGUGGGUGGCUUUAGUUUGGGGUUUCUCUAGCUGGGAUCUGGGUCUAAAGCCCUGAGUGGUGCCCAGUGGGGUAUUUAGGAUUGCAGUGCAUGGGCUGCUUUGGGGGUGGCUGCCAGGCAGCUCAGUGUUGAUGCUUGUGGUUGUUUCUCCCCGAGUACGGAAAUGCUCUGGGAAGGAAGGGGAGGGCUGUUCCCUGCAAGAGCGAUGCUCCAGCUGUGCCUGGAGCCUGGCUGGCGCUCUGCCCUGAGAUGUUCCCAUCUAGGCUGUGUGGCUGCAGUGAUCCCCAAUGCCAACUCCAGCAUCACCCUUCCUUCCUAGCUCACUCGUGACUCCGGUGGCUCAGCAGUGACCCAGCAGGACUGGAAGGACUGGGAGCCUGUGCAGGUGGCCUGGGACACAACGGGACCAGGUGGUGACAGAUCCCAAGGAGCAGGCAGAGAGGUGCCCUUGCCUCACCCCCCACGCCAACACUGCAUCCAGCAUCCAUCCUGACUGUGCUAGCACCUUGACAAGGGCCAGUGGCACCAUGAUGUCUCAGGCAGAAGCAGGUGAGGAGGAUUUUGAAUGCUGUGAUGUUGUUAUUAAUAGCCAGGAUAAGGUUUCAGAUGUGUACACACAGCUGGAGAAGCUUGGAGAGGGCAAGUUUGGGACGGUGUAUCGGCUGCAGGAGAAAGCCACAGGCAAGAUUCGGGCUGGGAAGUUCUUCCGGACACGGACAGCCAAGGAGAAGCAGGCGGCUCGGGCUGAGGUUGAGCUGAUGAACCUGCUGCAUCACCCGCGCCUCGUGCAGUGCCUUGCUGCCUUCCAGGGUCCCACGGAGCUGGUGAUGGUCAUGGAGUAUGUGGCUGGUGGGGAACUCUUUGAGCGGAUUGUGGAUGAUGACUUCGAGCACACAGAGCCCAGCAGCACCCAAUACAUGCGGCAGAUCCUGGAGGGGCUGCAGUACAUGCAUGGCCAGGCUGUAGUCCACCUUGACCUCAAACCUGAGAACAUUGUCUGCGUCAGCCCAGCCAGCCACUGGCUCAAGAUCAUUGACUUCGGCCUGGCACGGAAGUUGGCUCCGGACACCCCUGUGAAGGUGCUGCAUGGAACCCCUGAGUUCAUGGCUCCAGAAGUGGUCUCCUUUGAGCCUGUGGGGCUUGCCACAGACAUGUGGAGUGUCGGUGUCAUCUGUUAUAUCCUGCUGAGUGGGGAGUCCCCCUUCCAGGGAGAGAAUGACAUGGAAACACUGAGCAACAUCACAGCUGCCCAGUGGGAAUUUGAGGAGGAGAUCUUCUCAGACAUCUCCCAGCAGGCCAAGGACUUCAUCAGCCAGCUGCUGCAGAAGGAUCCUCGCUGCCGGCUCUCCAGCCCAGGGGCCCUCCAGCACCCCUGGCUACAGCAGCCUCUGCCCAGAAGCAUGAAGGCACUGCCAAAGGAGCGGAUCAAGCAGUUCCUCACCCGUCGGAAGUGGCAGAAAACAGGCAAAGCCCUACUGGCCAUCAACAGGCUCACGUUGCUGUCCCAGAACCAAGACAGGAGAGCAUCAGAGACUCAGGAUGAGGAAGACUCAUGCUGCAGUGCAGAAGAGGACCAAGGCUGUGGGUCUCUGCCUCAAAGAGAUCCCAGCACCUCAGAGCCACCAACAGGUGAAGACAAUAAUGGUAGCAUGGAGGCUGGAGGCAAGGCCUAGCACAGUGCUGCUGUGCUGCUCUGAGCCACAGAGUGCUGGUGAAGGGAAGAAGAAUCACCAGGACAAGCCUUCUACAUGCCUGCAGUUUAUACCAUGACCUUGCCAGCCAGUGGUAGGUGUCCCUGUGCUGGUGUGGGGACAGGCGUGUCUUUUGUCCCAGCAAGGAAAUGGUGCUCCUGUCUGCAUGGCUGCCUGGACUGGGGCUGCAGCCUGGCUCUUCUUGCUGCAUAUUUUGUGAGCCCAAUAAAGCACUGAGGAUCUCUUGCACCCUGUGCUGCUCCUUUGUCCCCCCAUCAUGGGGUGGGGGGGGGAGAGCUGCCCAAAGCUGUUCCAACCCUUUGUGGGCUGCUACCACGGCCUCAGGAAGGAGGCUAACUCUGUGUCCUGGGGCAGGGACUGAGUGGGGAUGGCUUA